AUGGCACCUUCUCCAGUGACAGUAAGCUUAAAAGAUUUACAAAGUGGCAAUGUAUCUUUCUCAACACUCGAAGAGGCUUUUGGCCCCGAGUCUUUAGGCAUUAUACUUGUCAAAGAUGUUCCAGAGCCAUUUGUAGAGUUAAGACAUAGUCUACUCUCAUAUUCGUCUUAUCUUGGAAACUUGCCCGAAGCCAGACUAGAGAAAAUCGAAAACGCGGCUGCAAAAUAUCUUACUGGCUGGUCUCGUGGUAAAGAAACUCUAAAGAAUGGCCAAGUGGACACACUCAAAGGAUCAUACUAUGCGAAUUGUGCCUUUUACGUCGACCCAUCUUUAGCAUGUGCGAUUCCUACUCCUGAAUUUUCACCUGAAAAUUUUCCUGAGUAUCUCAGUCCAAAUUUGUGGCCUGGAGACAGCGUAUUGCCUGGUUUCAAAAACACCUUUGAGAGGUUGUGUCGAAUUAUUAUUGACACCGGAGUACUAGUCGCUCAAGCUUGUGACAGGUAUGCAGAGAAGGAAAUUCCAGACUACAAGCCUGGAUAUCUUGAGCACGUUGUAAAAACUUCAACAACAACUAAAGCACGAUUGCUGCAUUACUUCCCGGCAGAAGCCAAGGACUCUUCUGAUGCUCUAGACGAUGAUUGGUGCGCAACACAUCUGGACCAUGGCUGUUUGACUGGGCUCACAUCUGCUAUGUUCAUCAACGAGACUCGCAAUCCACCCGUGAUUCCAGUAUCUUACUCAUAUCGUCCAACUACCCUUAGCCCUCUUAAGGAGCUUCCUGCAUCUCCGGAUCCAACUGCAGGACUUUACAUUCAAUCUCGAAGUGGCGAGACUGUUCAAGUUAAAAUUCCCAAAGACUGUAUCGCUUUCCAAACGGGAGAGGCCCUCGAAAGAAUUACUAAAGGUAAAUUCAAGGCAGUUCCUCACUACGUGAGAGGUGUGCGACCAGGAAUUGCAGAUGGUGAAAACGAAGGAGGAAGAAUUGCAAGAAAUACUAUUGCCGUCUUUACUCAACCUAAUUUGGACGAGAUUGUAGACUCAGAAAUGGGCAUUACUUUCGGGGAGUUUGCGAGAGGAGUAGUUGAGAAGAAUACAACGAAGUGA